AUGAGCUUCAUUGUCCGACGAGGGAUCUCUACCCUCAUCCCCCCAAAGAUUGCCUCUCCUUCGGCAAUUGGUGCUGCUAAGGAUGCUGCCCGCAUGGAGCGUGUAAGCGACUUCUAUGCCAGGCUCCCACGCGGACCGGCUCCCGAGGUCAAGCCCACCGGCAUCUUUGCCCGUUACCAGGCCGCCUACUUUGGCAAGAACGCUUCCUCUGCCCCUCUUGUCCACCUCAUCGUCGGUCUGACCCUCCUCGGAUACAGCAUACAAUACGUCACCCACCUCCGCCACCACAAAAACAACCCUCACUAG